AUGUCGGGCCUCCUGAACAAACGCCCAGUCGCCAAGGCCUUCGCCGUCAUCACUGUCGGCGGAAUCAGCACAUACAUGGCUUCCCGUUUCUUCGGCCAGCGCGUCGCUUUCGCGGAGUCGCCGACACCGAAGAGGGUCUUUGGCAAAGGGCCGGCUUUCAUGUACCUCCAACUUCAUAGCUCCGAGAACGUCAACCAUAACACCAAGCGGCUUUGCUUCGAGCUUCCGGGUGGAGAGAAUGCGCAAAGUGGUCUCGACCUCACCUCUGCUCUUCUGACCUUCUCCAAACCUGCCGGUAGCUGGCUACCUGUUGUGCGGCCUUACACCCCAGUCAGUAAGCUGGAUAAACCUGGUUUCAUUGAACUCCUCGUCAAAAAGUAUCCCAACGGCAAAGCAAGCACGCACCUUCACAACCUGAAACCUGGGGACAGUCUGCUAUUCUUAGCCAGCAUCUCCGGGUUUUCCUGGACGCCAAACAAAUUCCGACAUGUCUAUCUCAUUGCAGGCGGCGCUGGCAUCACACCCAUUUACCAGCUGGCGCAGGGAAUCCUGGACAAUCCGGUCGAUAAAACAAGAGUCACCGUGAUCUUCGGUGUAAACACGGAGGAAGACCUUCUCUUGCGCUCCGAGUUCGACGCAUAUAAACAGCGGUACCCGGACCGGUUUAAUAUCCAUUACACAGUCAGUCGGCCGAAGAAAGAAUUCUCGCUAGAGCCAGGCAUACGGUCAGGAUAUAUAACAAAGGAACUUCUCGCAGAGCUCAUGCAAGGGCCAAGUGAAGAAGAUACAAAGGUAUUUGUUUGUGGGCCGCCCGCCAUGGAGACGGCUUUGCUGGGUUCUGCUCCGUUUGGAAAGGGCGGGAAUGGUAUCCUGGAGCAACUGGGAUACUCGAAAGACAAGGUCCAUCGAUUUUAG